AUGAACCUAUCGACCUCCCAUCGAAUCAAUAUUCGCAUGAUCGAUCGGCCCGAUUUCCACCUAGCCAUCUCAGGCAAAACAUGGGCUAUCAUCAGGGAACAUUAUCCAUGGCUCAUCCCAAAGCUGGUGGUCAAGGGCACGGUUUUUGCUCGUUUCUCACCGGAUCAAAAAACUCAGCUGAUCGAGGCACUGCAAUCUGUCGGCUAUUUUGUUGCAAUGUGUGGGGAUGGGGCAAACGAUUGUGGCGCUCUGAAAGCCGCGCACGCCGGCGUUUCGUUGAGUGAAGCCGAAGCCAGUGUGGCCAGUCCCUUUACUUCGAAAAAGCAGAACAUCAGUUGCAUUCCCGCACUGAUUCGGGAAGGUCGUUGUGCGCUAGUGACCAGCUUUGGCACGUUGAAAUUCAUCACGGGAUAUUCUCUUGUCCAGUUUAUUUCUGUGAUUACCCUAUUCUAUAUUGGAAGUUCACUCUCAGAUGGUCAAUUCUUGUAUAUUGAUUUAUUUCUCAUCACCUCUCUCAGCGUUACUUUUGGUUACACGAAACCCUAUCCGCACUUAUCCAUUGAACCUCCUAGAAUGCGUCUUCUUUCAACCAUCACUCUGUUGUCACUGGGCUGUCAGCUUCUNGACGCAUUUAGCAGUUCAAAUUGUGGCAUUCUUUACUGUCCGCAUGCAACCGUGGUGAGUGUCCUUUUAGGCUUAUCCAGCCUAAACUGA